UCAUAUACAAUAAUUAGUUAUAAGGUCAUAUAAUCAUAUAUAUCUUGUAAUUAUAAUAACAUGGGCAAGCACGUAGAGUACUUAGAACAUGUUUUCCACUACUUUGACGAAGAUGGUGAUGGAAAGAUAUCACCCUCGGAGCUGAGGAAUCGGCUAGGGUUGAUGGGUGGAGAGGAGCUUAUAGAGCUUAAGGAGGCGGAGGAAGCGGUGGAGUCGUUGGAUUCGGACGGCGACGGGCUCUUGGGAUUGGAGGAUCUUGCUCGUUUGAUGGAGUUAGGAGGAGGAGAGGAGGAGAAAAUGAAGGAUUUGAGAAUGGCUUUUGAGAUGUAUGAUGUGGAGGGAAAAGGGUUCAUAACGCCCAAGAGCUUGAAGAGGAUGCUCAGUAGAUUGGGCGAAUCGAGAUCCGUUGAUGAGUGCAAAGUCAUGAUCAACCAUUUUGAUUUAAAUGGAGAUGGUGUACUUUGCUUUGAGGAGUUCAGGAUUAUGAUGCAGUGAUGUAUAUAUAUGUUGAUCAUGAUUUUAUGAUAGUGAUUAGUUGUUUCUAGCAUACAUGUCAAUUUCUUUC